AUGCGUCAAGGGGAAGCGGUCAAGUUCUCGCGGGGGAUGGAAGCUAUCCAGGCCCACGACAUGCGCCAAAAGGGCGCCAAGGCACCGACGACUGUCACACUGGGUGUCAAAGGCAAACUGACCAACCAAGAGAUGGAAAUCCUUCGCCAACAACUGGCUAAAGCGACAGCAUACGAUCACACACCCCCAGACAAAGCGGCCACUCGCCAGCAAAACAUCAAGCGUCCUCCCAAGUUUAUCAAAGCCACCAAGUCUGGUGUCCACGAUCAAGUCAUUCCCAUCAUGACUGUCGCUGCAAGACCAGCCAAGAAGCCCGCCGCGGCCAUUCAAACGCAAGUGGCAACUUUGAAUCGAUGCGAGCCGCUGUACGUGCCACGUACCACCAAAGGCAUCAACCAACUCGACAAAGAUCGGCUACAGGACGAGUACACCACCAAGCCUCGCAAACUCAGCACGGUGCCAUUGAACCUCAUGGACCCCACAGCCGCCGACGACGAUAACAACGGCGAGACCAAGUAUCGGAAACGACUUGGGCCCGAGCAGAUUCCGCAAGUGUUUUUGUUAUAA